AUGCGAAGGCCAAGAUACUGUAUGGAGUACUCUCAUAUACGCCAUCGCCGAUCUCCUCCUGUCACAAUGGUUCUGCAUCUCCCCUGUGUUUGCCUCGCUCUUGCCUUCCAGCCCUUACACCCUAAUGUCUCGGUACAGAACUACAACAGAACAAGCGUUGUCAGCAUCUACUACCACUUUAACUUUGAUGGACAUCCUGUGUCCAGGUAUGGGAAUACCAACUCCAGAAGUAUUGAACGCGAGCGCCUAUCAUUCGUCACAUUCCCGGGAGCAGCCACCUGCGGUAGCAACUGUUAG